AUAAGCAGCCGGAAGGAGAUGUCCUCUCUGUUAUCUCGUGUUCCGUGGAUCAUCAAUCCAUCAUCAUCAUCAGGACUAAAAAGUAAUGGCGAAUAGUAUAAUAGCAGGGACGCCAUGGAUAAGAAUCAGGGUUAUCCCUGAAAUUUCGUUUCCCAUUCUACGUUCUUCAUCCUCCCUUUACAACCACAAAGUCUCUUGCCUUUUUCCAACUAGAAGACGAUUUUCAGUCUCUGCCAUUGCUAGUACUGAAAAAGAACAGGUUAGAGUCCGUUUUGCUCCCUCGCCUACUGGAAACCUCCAUGUUGGUGGUGCUAGAACUGCUCUCUUUAAUUAUCUCUUCGCUAGGUCUAAAGGCGGGAAAUUUGUGUUGAGGAUUGAGGAUACUGACUUGGAGAGGUCGACUAAAGAAUCCGAGGAGGCAGUGCUUCGGGAUCUUUCCUGGCUUGGUCUUGACUGGGAUGAAGGUCCUGGGGUUGGUGGAGACUAUGGUCCAUAUCGGCAAUCAGAGAGGAAUUCUCUCUAUAAGCAUCAUGCUGAGAAGCUUGUAGAAUCUGGUCAUGUUUAUCGCUGCUUCUGCUCUAAUGAGGAACUUGAGCAAAUGAAGGAGAUUGCAAAAUUGAAGCAACUGCCUCCAGUAUACACAGGAAAGUGGGCUAAUGCAAUGGAUGAUGAAGUACAGGAAGAGCUGGCAAAGGGAACUCCAUACACGUAUAGAUUUCGUGUCCCUAAGGAAGGGCGUUUGACAAUUAAUGAUCUUAUUCGGGGCGAGGUUAGUUGGAAUUAUGACACACUUGGAGAUUUUGUGAUCAUGAGGAGCAAUGGACAACCUGUGUACAACUUUUGUGUCACUGUUGAUGAUGCUACCAUGGCUAUCUCACAUGUUAUUAGAGCUGAAGAGCAUUUACCAAAUACUCUCAGGCAAGCACUAAUAUACAAGGCCCUUGGAUUCCCCAUGCCUCACUUUGCACAUGUUUCUUUAAUUCUUGCACCUGAUAGAAGUAAAUUAUCAAAACGACAUGGUGCAACUUCAGUGGGUCAGUACAGGGAGAUGGGUUAUCUGCCCCAGGCAAUGGUGAAUUACUUGGCACUUUUAGGUUGGGGUGAUGGAACAGAAAAUGAAUUUUUUACCCUUGAGCAACUUGUUGAAAAAUUCUCAAUUGGUCGUGUUAACAAAAACGGCGCUGUUUUUGAUUCUACCAAGUUGAGGUGGAUGAAUGGCCAGCAUUUAAGAGCACUUCCAUCAGAUAAACUGAAUAAACUUGUUGGUGAACGCUGGAAAAGCAGUGGCAUUCUUGCAGAGUCAGAAGGACCAUUUAUAGAAGAGGCAGUUCUGCUUCUCAAGGAUGGGAUUGAGUUGGUAACUGAUUCAGACAAAGUGCUAUCAAAUUUGCUAUCAUAUCCCUUACAUGCUACUUUAUCAAGUCCUGAAGGUAAAGUUAUGAUACAAAAUAAGCUUUCUGAGGUCUCAUCCGGGUUGUUAGCUGCAUAUGACAGUGGCGAACUCCUUAAUGCCCUGGAAGAAGGCCAUUCUGGUUGGCAGAAGUGGGUAAAGAAUUUUGGAAAAACAAUGAAGCUGAAGGGGAAAUCUCUUUUCAUGCCUCUCCGAGUGUUGCUAACUGGAAAACUCCACGGUCCUGACAUGGGCUCUAGCAUAAUCCUGCUCCAUCAAGCUGGAACUGGGGAUAUGGUUUCUUCCCAAGCUGAGUUUGUGACAUUGAAGGAGAGGUUUGGAGUACUGAGGGAAAUAGACUGGGAAGCACUGAACAAGGAUCAACCUCCUUUGGAACCCGCAGCUAUAGCAGCAAAUUGAGAAUCCCCAGUUUUGAUAUGCGAAUUUUGAACUCAAUUCUUUAGAUGCUUAAAAACCUUACCAUAUUUGAGUGAACGAUGUGUAUUGAAAAUGAAUGCGACGAGAAGAAAUCUGUGUGUUUAAUUGAGAAA